AUGUUGGACAUAUUCCGCGGCUUAAAAAGCCUUAUUAAGAGUUCAAAUAUCCACACGGACACAUCUGUGUUCCGGCUGCACUACCGUUUUACGGUGAUAGGACUGAUAGCAUGCUCACUUAUCGUAACGACUAGACAGUACGUGGGUAAUCCAAUAGAUUGCAUACAUAGUAAGGACUUACCCGAAGAUGUUCUCAACACUUAUUGCUGGAUUCACAGCACUUACACUAUUGUAUCGGCGUACAAGAAAAAAGGCGGCGUUGAAGUUGCAUUCCCAGGUGUUGAUAAUUCAAGAUUGUAUCCUGAAAGUGAGAGAAAGGAAUAUCGUGGUCGUGGUGAUGAAUUAGACAAGCCGAUAAAAAUGCCAAUAAUGUUAAAGAUGAUUGACAUCUUCGGAUCGCUAAGGUCUUUGUUUAAAGUGCGAAAAACAGAGGAGGACACACUGAUAUUCCGUCUUCAUUACCGCGUAACAGUGGCUCUGUUGCUCGCGGGAUGCUUAACAUUGGCCUGCAAAAGCAUCUCCGGGUCGCCGAUCCACUGCGAAGGCUCAUCCGCGGUAGAAACUACCGUGCUAGAAACAUUCUGCUGGUUACACACGACUUAUAGCAUGAUAAAUGCCUUUAAUUUGACUGUCGGACGUGCUGUUCCUUAUCCGGGGCUUACUAAUAGUAAAACUGAUGUUCAUGUUAACGAUAAUCAUCCGCUUGUUAAACAUCACAAGUAUUAUCAGUGGGUGAUUUUCGCAUUACUGCUACAAGCAAUAUUAUUUUACACGCCGCGAUGGCUUUGGAAGGGAUGGGAAGGCGGUAAGAUUCACGCGUUGAUGAUGGACCUCGACAUCGGUCUCUGUUCUGAGGUGGAGAAGAAGCAAAAGAAGAAAAUGCUUCUCGAUUAUCUGUGGGAAAAUCUCCGCUACCACAACUGGUGGGCCUACCGAUAUUAUCUCUGCGAGGUGCUAGCCUUGGUGAAUGUUAUUGGCCAGAUGUUCCUGAUGGACCGUUUUUUCGAUGGCGCAUUUCUGACCUUCGGGAUCGACGUCCUCAGGUUCCUCGAAUCCGACCAAGAAGACCGAAUCGACCCCAUGAUUUACGUCUUUCCGCGUAUGACCAAGUGCACUUUUUACAAGUACGGAGUCAGCGGGGAAGUUGAGAGACAUGAUGCUGUUUGUAUACUUCCGCUAAAUGUCGUUAAUGAGAAAAUUUACGUCUUCCUGUGGUUCUGGUUCCUACUUCUCGGCAUCCUUAGCCUAUUGACUGUUAUAUAUAGGGUCAGUAUAUUAGUUAUUAAUUAUUUAAAAAGAGACGCAGUGGAGACAAUAGUGCGACGUAGCAAGGUGGGCGACUGGUUCCUCCUCUACAUGCUUGGUGAAAAUUUAGACACGAUAAUUUACCGCGAUGUAAUGCACGAGUUGGCCAACAAAUUAUCUACGAGGCAUCAUCACAACGUCUCUACCAUAAAAGGAGAACUACAAGAAGCCUGA